AUGCAAAUAACCAAGCAAAAUUUGAUUGAUAUCCCACAACCACAACCACAACAGUCAAAGACGUUGGCUUGUCAUAUUAAGAAGGAUGAACUGGUGAGGCUGAUGCUUCAAACACUUUAUGAUCUUGGCUAUAGCAUCCUUCAAGGUCAGUGGCAGAUUGCAGAAAGCCUUUUACCUCAGAUUCCUUUUCUAUUCCCUACCCAUGUUCCCAAAGUACAGUUCUUGAUUCGUCAACAAAAGUUCUUGGAGCUUUUAGAGCAGUCAGAAACCAUGAAAGCAUUGCAUGUUCUUCGCACUGAGAUAACACCCUUAGGACAGAAUACAGACAGACUUCACUUACUUACCAGUUUGGUGCUCUGUAGUUCUAUUGAAGACGUGAUGCAACAAGCCUCUUGGGAUGGCACAAAGGGUACUUCUCGAGAACAAUUACUGAACCAGAUACAGCACCACAUUGAUCCAGCUGCCAUGAUACCAAAACAAAGACUGCUUGAACUGAUCAAUCAAUCUCUUGAAUGGCAAAAACGAUCUUGUCUCUACCAUAAUCCUAGGCAAGGCACUGAAUUCUCCUUGUUCUCUGACCAUAUGUGCGACAAAUCAUUAUUUCCUACACAUACGAUCCAUGUCUUGCUCAGUGGCUCUUAUUGUGCUUGGUCUCCUGAUGAUUCACGCUUGCUUGUGUGCGGUACUGAUUUUGCACUUCGGUUAUGGGAUCCUUUUAGCGGUAUUUUAUUACACACAUUUUCAUUCCAUAAGGACCAAGUGACAAGUUGUGUGUGGAUAGAUCACCAGCAUUUUAUCUCGGGUGCUUGUGAUAAAGUACUCUGUCUCUGGAACAGUAAUUCAACUGCACCUCAUGCUCAGCCUAUCACUCGCUGGCCAGUACACAGAACAACAGAUAUGAAAUUAUCUACAGAUGGCAAGCGAUUUGUGACCAUUGGACUUGACAAGACCAUCAGUAUUUAUGAGGUAGAAGGAUUGCGUAUCUUAGAGACAGCCAAGAUCCAAGAAGAAGGUGUGAUUACUUCAUUGACAUUGACCAAAGACGGGAAAUAUGCUCUUGUCAAUGUUCAGGAUGUGCAGGAGUUGCAUUUAUGGGAUUUAGAUAAACAACAAAUUGUUCACAAAUAUUCAGGACAGAAGCAAAUCACUUAUAUUAUUCGAUCGACUUUAGGUGGUCAUAAUGAAUCCUUUGUGUUAAGUGGCAGUGAAGAAGGUCAUGAAAAUACAGUCAAUUGUGUCAGUUGGUGUCCAAUUGAACCUAUGCAGUUUGUUUCUGCUAGUGAUGACCAUACCAUUCGAGUGUAAGUAUUCUUAUUAAAAAAGACUCAUGAUUUACUUGUCUAUAUAAUUAGGUGGGGAGCAGCAGAUAGUCUCCAAGACGAUAUAGUGAUGGAAUAAGCGUCUCUAAUAAACAGCAUCUGGCUUGAGCAUUUUGCCUCAUCGACUGGGUUUUAAUUACCU